AGGUGAAUGCGUGCGCUAGCUUGAGGAGUACUGCAAACCAUCUGGUGCACAGCAGUCUAUGAUUCACCUUUCGCCUGGAAAUAAAAACUGUUAUCAUUGUUUGAAAACUAGCGUAGGCUACGCAUACAGCAAAUUCUCCAUUAAAAUAAAUAUUGGCGAAGGGAAAACUUUUCGAAGUCCGCGCGUGGUCAAGGGAUUGUCAAUUAUGCUGUCAAGAGGACAAAUCUGAGAUUCGUGACGUUUGUGCAUUACCUCAAACAGAAAGGCAUGUAGUGGUUGUGACAGGAAUGCAAAGUAGAGAGGCCCAGGUCCCUGAGUGCUACCUGUAACCUGGCUGUGAUAUGUCCGGUUAAUCAUCAACCCAGGGGAUGUGGCUCAAUGCAAAUGCACAAUGUCUGGGACAUGGAGUGCUCUGGUCAACUUCCCGGGACAUGGAGUGCUCUGGUCAACUUCAGCAGUAGCUACAUAGAUCUGCAGCUGGUCUCAAUAAGGAUGACAUUGUCCAACAAUCAGACCUGGAGGUAACGCAAGGACAUCAGUCCCCCCUUCUCUCUGCAUCUGAGAGUGGAGAUGGUCCACUGGGUCACACAGUGGUUGACAUGUGUCUGGCUCCAGACUGUCUUGACCUCCACAUUGGACACCUGCCCCUCUACAACCCCUAGCCCUGUCAACUUCUCUGUGGUCUACACCAUGCCCUUCUUCCAAACAAAGAGCCCCAUCCAAAACAUAGUGACCAACUCAAUGUACCAGGAAGUGUAUGUGGCAUCUCAGAAUGUGAUCGAGGCUGUGAACAUGACUUUCGAGAAAGUGUGGGAGCUUCCUACAGGCCCAGUGGGCAGCCCUGAGUGUAAGAUUUGUGAUUUGUGUGACGUUGACAAGGAUCCCAACUUCCUAGAGAACACUGACAAUGAGGUAUUGUUGUUGGAUACAUUCUUUAUGUAUUUAUACUCUUGUGGGAGUUCUCAAUAUGGUGUAUGCCAUUUCCACCAACUUAAGACAGAUGGACAACCACCCAAUAAGAAUUCAUCAAAAUGUUUAUUCAGAAAAGAAUCUAACUCUGCUGCCUAUUGUCCUGACUGUCUUGCCAGCCCGCUGGGCACCAAAGUCACCAUGGUGGAGGAGGGACAGACUGUAUACUUUUUUGUGGCUUCCACUGUAAAUGAUAGAGUGACACAGAGAUAUGACAGGAAGUCCAUAUCAGUGCGCCGACCAUUGGCGUCAGAAGACGGUUUUUACAAUGACGUGCGGGGACUGACCGUUCUGCCUAGCCUGCGCAGGACCUACAACAUUGAGUAUGUCUACAGCUUCUUCACCCAGGAGUUUGUCUACUUCCUGUCUGUCCAGAGAGAGAGCCCUGACCAAGAGUUCUCCCCGUUUCAGACGCGGCUGGGCCGCCUGCCGAGGAAUGAGUGGGAGAUGAGGAGGUACCGGGAGGUGGUUCUGGAGUGCCGGUUUGAACCCAAACGGAGGAGAAGGAACACGGUAAGCGGGAGUGAGGCCUUUAAGGAUGUGGUGUACAACGUGGUGCAGGCAGCCCACUUUGGGAAGGCAGGCAGAGAGCUGGCGGAUGAACUUGGAGCAGAGGAAGAGGAUGACAUCCUCUAUGGAGUGUUCGCUGUCACAGAUGACAAUGGGGUCACAGAGCAUGACUCGGCCCUCUGUGCCUUUCCAAUGGACAAUGUGAACAAGGCCAUCGAUGACGGGGUGGAUGACUGCUGUAAGUCUGGCCCAGAGCAGCUGUCCCGGGGACUUUGCCACUUCCAGGCCUGCGAGAGCUGUCCUCAUGAGAGCAUGGAGAACAAAGCCACCUGCAGGGACCACCCCACCAUGGUGUCUAAGCCCUAUUACAGAGUGGACCUCUUCAACAGGCAGAUGAAUGACAUUCUGCUUACCUCCCUGCUUGUCACCACCAUAGAGAACAAGACCGUGGCACACAUUGGCACCUCCACUGGACGGCUCCUCCAGCUUGUUUUGAGAAGAUCAAGCCCUAUUAUCUUUGCCAAUUACACCUUGGUAGAGAACCAGAGAGUCUCCUCAAUUGCUGCUGUGUAUUCGUCAGAAUCUCUACUGUUUGUGGUUGGAGACAAGGUGAUCCAGGUGCCUCAGAGGGGGCCAGGCUGCCAGCACUUCAUGACCUGUGCCAUGUGCCUGAUAGCCCCUGAGUUUAUGGUCUGUGGCUGGUGCUCUGGAGAGUGUUCCUGGGAGGAGGAAUGCAGUGGCCGCUGGCGGAACGAGUCUUGCCCCCCUGGUAUUACCGAGUUCUUCCCUAAGACAGCUCCGCCUGAUGGUCAAUCAGAGCUGACUCUGUGUGGCUGGGAGUUUCAGUCUCCCCUGAGACCUGCCAUCAGCUCCAGAACCCACCUGGUGAGACUGGGACAGACAGCCUGCGCCGUGCUGCCACUGAAGAGCAACAACACACACCUGGUGUGUAAGAUCCACUCUGGGCCCACUGAGCUGUCCAAAUCAGUUAACAUCACUGUGGAGGUGCAUGAGGAGAAGGUGGAGGGCCGCUACUCCAUCGACGGGAAAUCAGAAAUGCCAGGAUUUACCUUUGUGAUUCCCAACAUCACAGAAAUCCAGCCCAACUACGGGCCUCGUAUUGGGGGAACUCUGAUUACUGUGACUGGGCCUCACCUGGACGCUGGGAAGAACAGGAGGGUCACUCUGAAUGGAGAUCCCUGCCCAAUCACCAGUGUCACAGCAUCCAGAGGGAACAUGUCCUCCAUCAUCUGUCUGUCUCAGCCCAUCGCGGAGGUGAGGGACGUCCCCCUCAGUGUGUUCAUAGACAAGUCCCCUGUCCUCACCACCAAGGUCUUCUACUACAAAGAGAACCCAGAGGUCACAGCCGUCCUCCCAGACUGCAGUUUCGACAGGGGGUCAAAGAUAAUCAUUGAAGGGAAGAACUUGGACUCUGUUUACAGGACCAUCAUCCGCUUUAAGCCCAAUGAGGGCCACCUGAAGCCUGUCAUCAGAGUGUGCAAAGGCAAGUCUUUGCCUACACGGAUGGAGUGCAUAACUCCUGCUCUCCCCCGGGAAGAAACAGAGGAAGGGGAGCUCUCCUUUGAUAUGGAUGGAGCUGUUGGACUGUGGAAUGGAGAGUUCUCCUACCACCCCUAUGGCGAGCCCAUACCCUUUGAAACUGAGGGCCAUGUACUUAGGCUGUACCAUGGACAAGAUGAAGUGUCACUGCAUCACCAGAAACUGAACCUUGUGAGUUCCUGCAUGACAAUCACUAUGACAGUGGGAGGAGUGGAUUGUGACGCGAAAGUCCUGGACAAUGAAAUCACCUGCAGGAUCCCCAGAAACGUAACCAUCAGUGAAGGACUGCCUGUGAAGAUCUCCAUCAAUGGGCAGGUUCACAACGUUGGGACAGUGGUCCUGGUCAGUAACCACUACAUGGUGGGCAUCGUACUGGGGAUACUGGGGGCCCUGGUGGCGGGAGCCGUGCUGGCCUUUGUAGUCAUGAAGCACCUGAGGAAGCAGAAGAAAGACUCUCAGGUGGAGACCCGUUUGGCCCAAAACCACAACCGCUCCAACAGCAGUAGUGUGGAACUGUCAUCUGUAGCUGACUACAGAAGAGUAGUCCUGCCUCAGAGGCCAAGUUCAGCUCUGGGAAGCCCAGUGGUGUUCCCCAACCUGGCCUUCCCUGCAGGCAGAAUGGACCCCACACUCACCCCCCUCCUGCCCUCUGAGAAGAUCUCCAUCUCCAGCUUUAGACCAGAGCUCCUGGAAGAGGUGAAGGAUGUGCUGAUCCCAGCAGACAUGCUCAUUGUCCAGCAUUGCCAGAUCAUUGGCAAGGGUCAUUUUGGCACAGUUUACCAUGGCUACUUCACAGACUACAACAACAGAGAAAUCCAUUGUGCUGUCAAGUCAUUGAACAGGAUAACAGAUGUAGAUGAGGUAGAGCAGUUUCUGAAGGAGGGCAUCCUGAUGAAGGGGUUCCAUCACACCAACGUUCUCUCUCUGCUGGGCAUCCUGUUGCCCCAGGAGGGGCUCCCCCUGGUGGUACUACCUUAUAUGAAACACGGGGACCUCCGCCACUUCAUACGCUGUGAGAAAAGGAACCCCACAGUGAAGGACCUGAUUGGCUUUGGGCUUCAGGUUGCCAAGGGGAUGGAGUACUUAGCACAUAUGAAAUUUGUGCACAGAGACCUUGCAGCACGCAACUGCAUGCUGGAUGAGUCGUACACAGUGAAGGUGGCAGACUUCGGCAUGGCCAGGGAUGUGUUUGAUAAGGAGUACUACAGCAUUCAGGACCACAGGAAGGCUAAGUUACCAGUCAAGUGGAUGGCCAUCGAGAGCCUCCAGACACAGAAAUUCACUGCCAAGUCAGACGUAUGGUCCUUUGGGGUGUUGAUGUGGGAGAUGUUAACGAGAGGAGCAAGCCCCUACCCAGAGGUGGACCCCUAUGACAUCACACAUUACCUACUGAAGGGCAGGAGACUCCCCCAACCACAGUUCUGUCCUGACCCUUUGUAUGCCAUCAUGCUGCAGUGUUGGGACCCAGACCCAGAAGUGAGGCCCAGCUUCGCCACGCUGGUGUCUGCUGUCCUGACCAUCCUGUCUGGCCUCGAGGGGGAGCACUACAUCAACCUCAAGGUCACCUAUGUCAACCUGGACCAGCCACGUCCCUAUCCCGCCCUCACCGAGUCCGCAGACGAGUGUGAUUCCUCAGACAUUGAAGACACACGCUCAGUGUCCUCCUGAUGUCACAUCAGGACAGACUCUGAGAAGAUAGGACGGCUCCCAGUUCGAUGAGGAACACCAAUCUUGAUUGAUGAUCCGGGUCACGGCACCAACGUGACCUUCCUGGUCCCGUCCCUCAAGUCAGUGAGUCAACACAGGAACGAGCAAUAGAUGGAUAGUUCAUUUAUUUCCAAAGAUGCACAGUAUGCACAGUAUGGAUGAAUGGUCAGUAGUCGACGGGAUAUAAAUAGCACACACAGCAAUUCUUCAUAAAUCUGCUGUAUAAUAUACUAACAAAAAAACUAUUGAAAUGUCUAUCAGUCAUUGUGAUCAUAUGGUGGAUUUAACAAUUUCUAAUAAUUCCUAAUUUACUAUAAUAAAAUAAAUACAUUGUUUCCAUGUGUAAUCUCAUAUUUACAACAUCAGAAUAAACUAUCAUCCAUUUUAGUAUCCAAAAUAUAUAAAAUUAACCAGAAAAAUUGUCACAUUUGUGGCAAAGGAAUAUAAUAUACCUAAAAUGUGCCACAUAUUUUCCUAAGCUAACAAAACCAGGCUAUUAAACUGGCUGAUGCUCAUGAGUUUAUAAAACAUAUACAUUUGUCAUAAAUGACCUGCAAUGAUGGGACACACACAGUAUGGAUGAAUGGUCAGUAGUCCAUGAGAUAUAAAUAGCACUCCUAAAGAAGAUGCAUUUUCGAGUUAGCUACCAACGUCAAAGUGGGAAUUUUAGCUAGCAUAAAACCCACAUGGAAAACUGAGAUUCCGCAAAUAACAAAUAAAGUGUCUUAUUUAAUGCCAAGCCAACAGUAGUUACUCAUAACAUAAAUUGCUAAUGUAUGAUGUAAAAGCUGGAUUUUAUGAUGUAAUGUCAACUUUAUACAUUUCUAUCCCGGGACCAUUCAAUUUUCAACUCACCCACAGAAAUUCUCCAUAAAUCUGCUGUGGAUUAACCAGAAUCCCAUGCCUUUAUCACUGAGUGUAUUAGACAAUGUAAACACACUAAUCAACCAGGAGGUGGCGUAAUACCCAUUUUAUUCAGGAAUUGAACAAUUGAAUUGCACCUUUACACAUGCACAAUGUGUUUUUGAUAGAGUGCAAUAAAUUGAAAUAUUUAUUCUAGAUUCUUCGUCUGUCAUUUAAGUAGUAUUUAUUUUUUAACAUGAGCUUCUUCCCAUGUGGCGGCUUCAUCCAUUGUUACUGUACACUUACAGUAACAGAGACAAAUGAGACUUGUGUAAACGUCACUGGCAAACUCUCAUGAGUUGUCAUGAGUUGUCAGGACUGUUAUUGAGCAAGACUUCCACUAGAGGCCAGUGUUCUACUAGAUUUGUAGAACAUGGCGAAAACACAACACUUAAAAUGUAAAUCACAUUUUCUGAACACCAUAAAGUAAAAUAGAGACAUCUCACUGAAAAACAUGUAUUGGUGUACAUUCCAUAUGCAUAACAUCCUUUCCUUACUCUCAAAUUGCAUAUCUAUCUUUAAGACUGCACACAGUGGUCAGUAGCUCAUGAGUUGUUUCUGUAAUGAAUACAUGAGGAGAACAACCAUAAAACACUCAUCCAAAGACAAGCUGACUUUGUGUAAAAUAAUCCCGCUUCUUGCACCCAAAAAUAAUCAAAGACAAAUAAAACCAGAGGGAAAUAAUCAUCAUAAAGUUUUCUUUAUUUCCAAGCUACCAAAGAACAAAAGUGAAUUCCCAGAUGACGGGGACUUUGAUUCGUUCUGAGAGAAGCGCACAUCGUCAAAAAUGUGUGUGGGUACCUUGGAGGGCAGAACCCUGGGUUUUACAGAAGGAGGGGAUGAAGAGCCUGCUCUUUCUCUCACCGCACUGCCUGCCUGCAUGCAAAGAGUUAGAGUCAGUGUCAGAAUGGGUAAUUAUUAAUAAAUGGGUCUUAAAUACAUCUAAAACCAAAAGCAUUGUAUUUGGUUCAAAGCAUUCUCUUAGACUUAAACCUCAACUUGAGUUGUGCAUAAAGGGUGUGACCAUUGAACAUCGGAUCCUAGGAGUAGCAUUGGAUGGUCAGUUAUCAUGGUCAAGUCACAUUGACAAAGUUGUUGUGAAGAUGGGGAGAGGUAUGUCUGUUAUAAAAAGACGUUCUGUGUUUGAUCUUGUCCCAUCUUGAUUACUGUCCAGUAAUAUGGUCAGGUGCUGCAAAGAAAGACCUAGAAAAGCUGCAGCUGGCUCAAAACAAAACAGCACGCCUUGCCAUUAACUGCACACACAGAACUAACAUCAACGACAUGCAUAAUAGUCUUUCAUGGUUGAGGAGAAAUGUACUUCUCUUCUAGUCUUUGUAGCCUGUUCCUGCAGUCAAUGGCCUCAUGGGUGGAAUGUUAUUCAUAGUUCCAUAAUUAAUACAGAUUAUCCCCCCAAAAAAUCUGGUGUUUCUAUGUCAAAUGGUUUUGUUAUAUUUCUCUUCUGUGAUGUAUAUAAAGUGUAAUAUUGGGAUGC